GCCCAAUAAGCCCGAAAAUUGUCGUUGCCAGAAAAUUCCUCCCUCCAAUUCUGCUCGAGUGUAAGCGAUGGAAGAGGAGAGCUGGGAAGGACUCGAAGUCGACGAUUCCGAUCUUCGUUCUCUCCUCCAACCUUGCAAGCGCCUCCGCCCCGACAAAAGUAACGGUAUCUCCGCCGCCACCACUUCUUCAAACCCCCCCUUCACAACCAUCUCUGCCUCUAGUCAUAUAUCGGAAGGCGGAAACCACAAUUCUCUCCUGCAAACCGAGUCAACCCAUCCUCCGCCACAGUCACACCGCAUCCCUGGUCCAGCCGCAGUCGUACAAUCUGCGAUGCACCAGAGGGAUUUAGACCGCCAAUUUCGCGAGUCCUCGUUGUCUCAAGACGGGAAUCCCAUUCCUACUCAGGAUUAUGUUAGGAAGGCAGUUGAAGGUUAUUCGGAAUUCGACUAUGAUUUCAAAUCCAAUGCCUGGGUUUGCGCCCUUCAUUUUAUCCGUGAAGUGUCUGGAAUCACUACUUUGAAGUCAAUCACGAAAUGCAUGUCUAGAGUAGAGAAGGUUGUGGCUGUAAUAAAGUCUUCUAAACCAAAUGGACUAGGUGGUCUGAUGGUAACUCUGAAGGACCCCACAGGUACCAUUACCGCUAGCAUUCAUCCAAAAGUGCUGGGUGAGGGUAAGUUUUGCAAGAACAUAGAUGUAGGCACAGUUGUGGUUCUAAAGGAGGUUGCUGUAUUUGCCCCAUCAAGGUCAGCAGUUUGUCUUAAUAUAACCGUCAGAAAUCUGGAAAAGGUGUUCCCCGAGGAUAGUGAUUGUCUACCAACAAAUGCUGAGAAAUGUGAUGAUACGUGCAUAGAUGUGGGAGAAAUGGAUGAGAAUGAUGCAUUUCCAUGUAACAACACACUACAAUGUAUGACACAACUUGUUGUUGAGAAGGAAUCUGUGAAUUUUAGAGAAGGAACUGUGAAAGGAAUUGAAGAAAUCAUAAAAAUGACGACUACCCAUGUUAAACAGUCAGGGGUGGCCAAUAAAACUACAGAAAGCUCGCCGAAGAACCACCUCGGAGAAUCUCAGAAAACCGGGGAAGUUCAUCGCCCAAUGCAUGCUAGUCAGCAAGAGUUUAAGGAAACAGAUAAAGUUGUGAGCAAAGCUCAGCCAGUGGUUUCAAUGACUCAAUACCCAGAGUGGACUGAUGAACAGCUCUUAGAACUUUUUGCUGGUGAUGAAUUGGAUGGGUAAGGUUUCUUUUGUUUCUUCUAUCUUAAACAUUGUAAACCGCUAUUUGAUAAGGAACUAAGGAAAGAAGGAAGCUGAGGCUUAUGGAUUUCUCUGAUUCUUUUUUGUAAAUUCUGCUCGAGAACUCUAUCAGAAGUUAUAAAUUUUGUAUAAAAGCUCUAUCAUUUGUAAUUAGUUCUUAUUAGUAUAUUCACCCUUGUGUUGUGUGGGAGCGUGGGAGCUAUGUUAUUGUUUGGUGUGUGUUCCAAU